AUCCUUGGUAAACUUUGUUUUUUUAAUGAGAUCUAUCAUAUGAAUGGUGCCAAUUAUCAAAGUAAAUACAAGAAAAACCCACAAAUGCCCUUAACAAUGUAGUCUAGUCCAUUUUAAGAACUGUAGAGGAUCCUUAUAGCUGUUAACAGUAUUAUUAUUUUGAUUUGUCCAUUUAGAUCUAAUCUUGCAUUAUUGGCUGUAUUAAUUUAUCUACUUUAGCACACUUUGACAUUUAUAGGUUCUGCGGGGAGACUUUCUCCAACGAAAGCCCACGAGUUGUUUACUUCUUUCCAUGCCAAAAGACUCUCUCCAUUGCCCAAAAGCUAACAGAUUUGUAGAGGAGAGAGAGAGAAGAAACCCAUCACGGAGAAGGCAUUGCAGUCAGAUGGGUCAACUUUCCUUAGCUUCAUUUGUUAACUGAUUGCAAAGUAUUUUUUUCCCCAUCCGUGGUGUUCAGACUUGAGACCACUGCUCGCACUUUACAAGAAACCAUCACUUGAUUAGUGCUUGUGAAGGAAGAAGACAAAGUGGGUUUGCGAGAGGACCCAUUUGUUGUCAUUUGGACUGGUGGGCCUUUUCUGUUUUUUGUUUUUCGGUUUUAUAUUUUAGGUAAAUUUUCUUGGAAAAGGUGGCAUCUUGGGUUCUCUGUUUGAAAGAUGGGGCCUGAAGGGUGUGGCAGUAGCAAAGGGCCUGGAGUGGGAGUUACUUUUGUUCAUAAGCGUUCUAAGAGCUUCCCUGAUAAGAGAAAACUCGGAGAAGAUAACUUCGAUGGUUUCCUCGAAGCUUCGGACCAGUCAAAGUUGCAGGAUACGGGGCACUUUAAGGACUGUGUCAAGACCAAGAAGAAACAAUCCCCUAGGUCUGCAAUCCAGACUUCUUUGAAGCAAGAGAUACUACAGCUUGAGAAAAAACUACAAGACCAAGUCAUUGUCCGCCGUGCUUUAGAGAAAGCACUGGGUGAUGGAUCUUCCUCUCGCGAUUUCACAAAUGAAGCCUCAUUGCCUAAGCCCGCAUCAGACCUGAUCCAAGAAAUUGCAGUGUUGGAGCUGGAAGUUGUGCAUUUGGAGCAGUAUCUUCUCUCAUUGUACCGCAAAACAUUUGACCAACAAAUUUCCUCAUCCCCAUCUGUAAAAGAUGUCGUAUUAAAAUCACCUUUUAUUGCACCUAGGCAAAGAUUUCUAGAAGCUUCCAGAUCUGAAGCUAGUUGUCCGUCACUUGCCAACCCUUGGAAUGAAUCCAGCAGUAUAGGUGAAGAGAAGCUAUUAGAUUCCGCAGUUCAACGCUGUCACUCAUCACUAUCACAGCUUACUUUUCGAUCGAAUAGAACUUCUCCUCCAGCAGAGUCACUAGCUAAACUUCUUCGUGCAUGUCAUUCUCAGCCUUUGUCCAUGAUGGAGUACGCUUUGUCAAAUGUAAUAAGUCUUGCAGACCAUCUUGGUACCCCCAUUUGUGAUCAUGUUCCAGAGACACCGAACAAGCUUUCUGAAGAUAUGAUCAAAUGCAUGUCAUCUAUCUAUUGCAAGCUUUCAGACCCGCUUUUGACAAAUCACUCUGUGUCAUCUCCCAAUUCAUCUUUGUCAUCAUUGAGUGCAUUUUCUCCAAAAGAUCAAUGCGAUAUGUGGAGUCCCGGGUUGAGGAAAGAUUCCUCCUUUGACGUACAGUUGGAUAAUCCUUUCCACGUGGAAGGACUAAAGGAGUUUAGUGGACCAUACAGCACAAUGGUUGAAGUUCCACGUAUACAUAGGGAUACUCAGAAAUUGGGUGAUAUUGAGGACAUGUUGCAAUGUUUCAGGUCACUUAUUGGUCAAUUAGAAGGCAUAGAUCCCAGGAAGAUGAAACACGAGGAGAAGCUAGCAUUCUGGAUCAACGUACACAAUGCGUUGGUGAUGCAUGCCUAUUUGGCUUAUGGGAUUCCACAGAACAACACAAAGAGAGUCUUUCUACUCUUGAAAGCUGCCUACAACAUUGGAGGUCACAUAGUAAGCGCAGAUACGAUACAGGAUCCUAUCCUUGGAUGCCGCAUGUCUCGCCCUGGACAGUGGCUUCGCUUCUUACUUCCUUCCAGAACGAAGUUUAAGGCUGGAGAUGAACGACAAGCAUAUGCAAUCAAACAUGCUGAACCCCUUCUGCACUUUGCGCUAUGUUCAGGAAGCCAUUCUGAUCCUGCGGUCCGUGUUUACACACCCAAGAGUGUAAUACAAGAGCUGGAAAUUGCCAAAGAAGAGUACAUUCGGGCUACCUUUGGCGUAAGAAAGGACAAGAAGAUUCUUUUACCGAAAAUUGUGGAGUCCUUUGCAAAGGAUUCAGGGUUGUCUCCCGCUGGCGUGAGUGAGGUGAUCCAAAAGUGUUUACCGGAAUCAGUGAGAAAGAAUGUUAAGAAAUGUCAAUCUGGGAAGUCCGGAAAGAGCAUUGAGUGGGUUCCUUAUAAUUUUGCUUUUCGAUAUCUCAUAUCUAAAGAGCUGGUGAAGUGAUUGCUGGCACAGGUCAAGUUCAAAACUUGGGAGCCCCAUAGCAUUGUUCACUAGGUUAUUGAAAUAGGAAGAGGCUUUUGAUUUGCUUUUGUACAGAUGAAAGAGAUCAGGGAGCCUAAAAUGAGAAGACGGUAAGGGUUGGCGUAUACUUGGUAUUUUGUAUUGAUGUAUCUCCAAUUUGCUAAAUCAUGAAAUGGGAAGUAUCUAUCUCAUGUCCGGUACACUUGACAGUUGCGCUCUUGAAUUUAGCUCGAGUAUGUAUAUAACAUAUUUUGUACAGUGUCAUUCUAUUGAGGAAGAUAUUUGGUUAUGCUAA